AUGAUAAAAUUAUUUUCAAACCCAUUGGCCAUCGAUCAAUCUACUCAAAAGGCUACUGCCUUAAAUUUAUUGAGUAUCAAAAGGCCUCAUAUGAGAGGAUUUCUAUUUGCAUGGCUUUCUUUCUUCAUAGCUUUCUUUGGUUGGUUCUCCAUUGCUCCUUUAAUCACCACAAUCAGGAAGGAUUUGAAAUUAACCAACGAUGAUGUAAAUAACAGUAACAUCAUUUCCGUAUCAUCCACAAUUCUUUUCCGUAUAACCGCGGGCUUACUAUGCGAUCGUCUUGGUCCAAGGCGUGUCAUGUUCACUAUACUUGUCUUGGGUUCUAUACCCGUCGGUCUCUCCGGCCUCGCUCACGAUGCAACAAGCUUAAUGAUUGUACGGUUCUUUGUCGGAAUUCUCGGCUCAGCAUUUGUACCAUGCCAAUUCUGGACAAUGCAAAUGUUUGAUAAGAAUGCAGUUGGAACCGCCAACGCUUUUGCCGGUGGAUGGGGAAACAUGGGCGCGGGAAUCACUACCAUGGUGAUGCCUUUAUUGUUUGAUGGCGUUGCAACAAACCUUGAGGAUCAUGUAGCAUGGCGUGUCACCAUGGUGAUACCAGCUGCAAUAAUCUUUUUUAUCGCGAUAUUGAACUUGCUCAUUACUGACGAUUGUCCUCAAGGAAAAUGGGAACAACAUGAAAAACCCGUUGAAGUUCAUGAGGUCGACGAAAAGAAAUCCGCUGUAUACAAUGGCAACCAAUCAGAUGCAGACAACAGACAAGUUUCACCGAAACCCGGCUUGGGUGCAUACUUGAGAGCCAUAAAAAACCCAAAUGUUCUCGUACUGAUAGCCAUGUAUGCCUGCUGUUUUGGUGUUGAAUUGGCCGUCGACAACGCUAUUGCCACAUUCUUUCAUGAUCAUUUUAACCUCAAUCAAACUACGGCUGGAUUAAUUGGUUCGAUAUUUGGUACCAUGAAUUUUUUCUCCCGUCCUACUGGUGGACUCUUUUCCGACCUUCUUUAUUCCAAAUUCGAAAUUCGUGGAAGAUUGGCCUUACAAUUUGUAAUUCUAUUCCUUGAAGGAUUAUUCUUGAUCGUUUUCAAUUAUUCUGUUAAUAGUGGUUUGGGUACGGCCAUUGUUAUAUUGGUACUCUUUAGUUAUUUUACUCAGGCGGGUUGUGGAACAACAUAUGGAAUAAUACCGUUCGUAGACCCCCCAAUAGUAGGAACGGUUUCAGGGCUAGUGGGGGCUGGUGGCAACGUGGGUGGAUUGGUGUUCGCUACUGUAUUUAAAAUAUACGCGGGUCCUAGAACUCCUUAUGCAUUUUUAGUAAUCGGAGCAACAGUAAUGUCUGUUUCCUUCCUGACCUUUUUGCUAAGGGUCAACGGAAGGAUGUUGGUGGAACUAAAACGAUGA